ACAGAAGCUCUGCCCAAGGGAGGGAGGGUGGGAGAGCCGGCGAAAUGGCGGACGAGGGGGCUGUGACGGUCUGCGUGAGGGUGCGGCCGCUUAUCGAAAGAGAGAAUGCAGAGCUGGGAAGUAAAGAAGCUAUUGCCUGGAAAAGUGAGAAAUGCAACAUCUCUCAGGUGGAUGGAACAAAGUCCUUCACAUUCGAUCGAGUAUUUCAUUCAGAAGAAAGUACCAGUGAAGUUUAUAAAGAGGUGGCUGAUCCGAUUAUAAAAUCUGCUGUUCAAGGAUAUAAUGGCACUAUUUUUGCGUACGGCCAGACUGCUUCAGGCAAAACCUAUACGAUGCUGGGAACGAAAAGUUCUCCAGGAAUUUUACCCCUGGCGAUUGAAGAUGUCUUCAAAACAAUCUGUGGAUUUCCAGAUAGGGAGUUCUUACUCCGUAUCUCAUACAUGGAAAUUCACAACGAGACAAUUAAAGACCUGCUGUGUAGCAGCAUCAGGAAGAAAAAGCCUCUCGUAGUUCGGGAAGACAUCAAUAGGAACAUCUAUGUGGAAGAUCUGAUUGAAGAGGUGGUGGUUUCUCCAGAGCAGGUUGUGACCUGGCUACAAAAAGGCGAAAAAAACAGACACUAUGGGGAGACAAAGAUGAAUGCGAGAAGCAGCCGUUCCCAUGCUAUCUUCAGAAUGAUAAUCGAAAGCAAAGAAAAGACUGAUGCUUCCAAUUCAAACUGUGAUGGUGCUGUCAUGGUCUCUCACUUGAAUUUGGUAGACUUGGCAGGAAGUGAGCGAGCUAGCCAAACAGGCACUGAUGGUGUUCGACUUAAAGAAGGCUGCAAUAUAAACCGGAGCUUAUUCAUCUUGGGUCAGGUCAUCAAGAAACUUUGUGAUGAUCAGUUUGGCGGCUUCAUAAAUUAUAGAGACAGCAAACUUACAAGAAUUUUACAGAACUCACUUGGUGGGAAUGCUAAAACUGCUAUCAUCUGUACAGUUACACCAGUAUCUUUGGAGGAGACGUUAAGCACCCUUCAGUUUGCUAGUACAGCAAAGGAGAUGAAAAACAGCCCUAAGGUCAACGAAGUUCUAGAUGACGAUGCCCUCUUAAAGAGGUACCGAAGAGAAAUAGAAGACUUAAAGCGGCGCCUCGAAGAGGUUUCUUCAGUCAGCCACACCAGAGAUGAAGAGAAAGACCAGCUCGCCCAGCUCUUGGAGGAGAAGAACUCUUUGCAAAAGCAGCAGGAGGACAGGAUAAGAACCUUGGCCGAGAUGGUGGUCACUUCGUCAUCUUUUUUGCAAGAGCAAGAGUCAAAAGCUAGAAAGAAGAGGAGAGUAACCUGGGCCCCUGGUGAAAUAAGCCGCAACAGGGAAAUAUUUUCAGAAGACUUCCCUGAAAGGAGCAAAAGAUUUAAAGCCUCUCUUUCGGCCUUAUCGGAGAUGGAGGAAUCUGUGUCUUCAGAAUUCUCAGAAUUCGGUGAUCCCUGCCUGGCUGUCAGUACUACAGUUCCGGAAGAGGAGUGGAUUCCGGGACCUGAUAUAAGUCUGAUCCGUCAAGAUUUUGCGGAUUCUGUCAUCCUCUGUGAAACUCUUGCAGCAGAAAGGGACACUGCCGUAACUAAACAACAAGCUACCCAAGCCGAGCUGGAGACCUUGCAGGUAGAAAAAGAACAGCUGUCGCACGAAGUCAGGGAACUGACAGAGAAAAUAGAAACAGAUGAAUUUAUGGUUCUUGAAAAGAAAACCUUACAGGAACAUGAGAUGCAACUAAUGCAUGAAAUUUCCAACCUAAAGGCUGUAAUUGCAAAUGCUGAAGGGUACAAUCAAGAUCUCCAGAAUGAUUUGAACUCAAAAGAGUUACAGCUCAAGGAAAGAGAAAGCAAAAUAACAGCACUGGAAAAACAAAUAAUUGGGCUAAAUAACCUUUUGGAAGAAUCUCAGAAGACAGGCUAUGGGAACAGAGAUGCAUCCCCAUUGGGAACUUCAAGUCAAGUGGUGGAUGAACUGAAACGGUCUCUCGGUGAUGCUGAAAUUGUAGCCAUGGAUGCCAAGAAAGAAUCUGCUUUCCUCCGGAGUGAAAAUCUAGCACUAAAAGAGAGAAUGGACCAACUUUUGGAUGAUUACAACCGCAUGAAGAAAGAUGUUGAGUGUUACAGGAGCCAGUUAGAAGCAGGCAAAAUCACGUACAAAAAAAUGCAGUCUGACUUGCAGAAAGAACUGCAAUAUUACUUUCAAGAAAAUACCAAGCUAACUUCUCUCCUGGAGGGUAAAGUUCCAGAAGAUAACCAGUCAUCUCUGGAGUUGGAUGAAAAAAUAGUGCAGUUAAGAAAUGAACUGAAUAAAGCUCUCGGAGAGAACAUUUCUUUAAAAAAAGAAGUUGCUGCACUGUCAGAAACUAGCUCGAAACCUGACCUUGAAAUCUUGCGCGAGGAGAUUCUUGAAAAAUCCGAGACCAUCGCUUCCUUAACCUCUGAAAGGGAGACCCUGUUGUCUCAAGUCGCUGAGAAGGAACAAAGGCUCCUUGAAACGACAAAUGCCCUGAAAUCCAAAGAGGAUUUUACCAACGCUGAAGCAGUGAGAGAAAAUGAAGCUGUCCAAGAGCUGAAAGAUCAUUGUCGUGAACUGAGGCAGGAACUAGCCACUGUAUCAGAAGAAAACAAACGGAUGCAAGGCCAGUUAGAAAGCUUAUCUGGUGAGAACCUCAAACUCAACGUCACCAUCAAUGAGAUGGUAGAAGAGCUGUCCAGCAAGGUCCAGGAACUGCAAGCGAAGGACCUGGAACAGGAGAAGCUUCUCCGUAUGGAAGAAGAGCUCAGCCGUGUCCGUCAGGAGCCGAACAUCGUGGAGCAGCUCAAAGAUCAGUUGAAGGCUUGGGAGGCUAAAGCGGAGGCUGGGGAGGUGGAAAGGCUGGCCGUAGUUCAGCGACUUCAGGGCAGAGAAGAAGAAAUUAGAGCCCUGGCCCAGGAAAGAGAGGAGCUGAAGCAAAAGCUGGAGACGGUUCAGAGAGAGAGAGAUCAAAUUAAAGGUGACAUAGAAGACACAGUGGCCAUGAACAUUGAAGCACAGAAUGAACUGAGGAGUUCCCAAAUGUCUCUGAAGCAGUGUCAAAAAGAUAUCAAGGAGCUGCAGGCAACAGUUUUGAAGAAAGAAUCCCAGACUGCAAGUAUUAAAGAAACUUUGGAGGCUGCCCUCAAUGAACAGAAGCUACAGAUAUUGAAAUUAACCGAAGAUUUGGAGCAGGCCACCCUAGAGAAAAAUCAAUUUAGCGGAAGAGAGGCUACACCGGAAGGAAAUGAAAUUCUGUUAAUGAGAGGACAAAUUUUCUGUCUUGAAGAAGAGAAGACAAAGUUACAGCAACAGCUGGAAACUUUGCAAGAGGAGAAGCGUCUAAGCCGUGAAAGCCAUCAGCUGCUGUCCAGCAAGAUCCAAGAGCUGCAAGACAAAGAGAAGGGACGAGAAGAGUUUCUCCAAAUGACGAAAGAACAGCACUCUGGGGGAGCCCAACAGAAUAAGAACGAAAUUGGCCACCUGGAGUCCAAGCUUGAGGCUAAAGAGAUAGAGAAGCUGGAAAUGGCUGAGAGACUUCAGCAGGGUGAAGAAGAGAGAAAAGCUCUUGCCCUGGAAAGAGAUGACUUGGAGCAGAAGUGGGAUGCUGUCCAAACAGAGAAAGAGAAGCUGAAAGAGCUGCUAGAAGACACCGCCUUAAAGUUAUCAAGCAAGAUUCAAGAGUUAGAAGUCAUGGAAACAGAGAUGCUCCAAAUGAAAGGACAGUUCCGUGACCAAACCCAACAGAAUCAGAGUGAGAUGGAAGGACUGAGAGAACACCUGAGGACUCUAGAAUCCAAGCUUGAGGGUAAAAAGAGAGAAGAAUUGGAAAUGGCUAAGAGGCUUCAGGAUGGUGAGGAAGAGAGAAGAUCCCUAGUCCUCCAAAGGGAUGACUUGAAGCAAAAAUGGGAGACUGUCCAAAUUGAGAAAGAGAAGCUGAAAGAGCUACUAGAAGGCAACACUUUAAAGCUGACCGGCAGCUUAGAAGCGAGGCGCAUUCAAGAGGAGGCAUUUGUCAUGGUGAAAGAAGAACUCAGCCAAGCUCUUCAGAAACUGUGUGAAAUGGAAGAGCUCCAAGAGCAACUUAAAGCCAGCGAGUGCAGAACGGAAGCAGACAAGUUGGCGGCUGCUCAGAAACUUCAUGAGUGUGAAGAAGCAGUGAGAGCUGUAGUCCAGGAAAGAGACGACUUGAGACUUCAGCGGGAUGCGCUCCAGCUACAGAGGGACCAAGGCCAAGAAGAGAUGAGAGCAACUCAAUCCAUGUUGUCAAGCAAGAUUCAAGAGUUAGAAGUCGCAGAAAGAGAGUUCCUCCAAAUGAAAGAACAGCUCUGUAGUGAAGCCCAACAGAAUCAAUCUGAAAUUGAAAGACUGACAGAGCAACUGAGGACUCUAGAAUCCAAGCUGGAGGCUGAAGAGAGAGAGAAAUUGGAAAUGGCCGAGAGACUCCAGGAUGCUGAAGAGGAGAGAAAAGCCUUAGUCCUGGAGAGGGAUGAGUUGAAGCAGACGUGGGAUGCUCUCCAAAGCGAGAAAGAGAAACUCAAAGAGCUACUCGAAGAAACCACCACAAAGUUCUCCAAAACAAAUGCAAAACUGGAGCAGGAUCUGUGUGAACUGAGGCAGCAACUGGAAGCAGCCCUUCAAGAAAAGACACCGGAAAGCGAAGAACGAGACGAUUAUGAAAAACUUCAAGCAAAAAUCUCUAAAAUAACGGAGGCUCUGCAGAAACUCCCAAUGAUAGAACAAAGAUACGAGUAUCUCAGAAGAAUUUCUCUUAAUCUGAAGAUGGAAGCCAACAGCCAAAAAGAGCUAGCGACCAAAAUUCUCAAAGAUGUUUCCUGCGAGAAGGCAAAACAGAUCAGAAGGCUCCAAAUGGAGCAUGAGGUUGCAAGCGAUAAUCUCUGCAGACUGCUGAACAAACUGCAGUUCCUUUUAACCCGCCUGUGCAAGAAGAGGGGUGAAUACUAUGUUAACAUCAGCAACUACGCAACGGAGCUGCUCGGUGAGAGGAGAAAACAACAGGAGCUGCUGACUCGAAUGCAAAGUCUUAAGGAGCCUUGCUGGAACUCGCAUGCAGCUGUGUCUCAGCAGCUCCAUAUCCCUGAACUGAACCAGAACUUGGAUUUGUAUGUAGAGCAAAUAUGGAAAGACGUGUCACAAAUGGAUGAAGACAUCUGCAGUCUGGAAGUGAUGCUGCAGCAACUGGAAGGCACCGGCGGAAAAGUUAAAGAGUAUUCUGUUCCUUUUGAUGUACAAGACUUUGAGACGGGGAUAAAGCAAGACAGCGCAAGGCUGUGGCCUGUGGUUCAGCUCUUGAAACCUAAGCCCCAGGUGCUCAUGGAAACGAGAGAGGAGCUAGAAUCCAGAAAUGCUAAUUACUGCAAAGAGACUGAAGCCACUCUGAAAACAUGCAGAGAGAGGACGAGCGAAUUGCUGCAAGCACUUACCCUUAAGGAACAGCAGGCGCCUAGCAGCCGUGCUGACCUUAUCCUAGAAGAAGAGAAUUAUAGACUUGAGAGUAAAUUAAAAACCCAGGAUCAAGACAUACAGGGUCUGAAGCUAAAAAUCCAAGAACUGGAGAAUGCAGCAAACAGAGCCAGAGAUAAGCUUCUGGAAAAGGAGAAAAGAAUAGCAGUGCUGGAAAUGGAGCUUAAAGUGAGAGCAUCCAAGAGCGAAGUUUGCCGACUUCGGGCUGCAUUGGAGGAGAAGGAGAACUGCCUAACUAGUACACUAGUGGAGAACCAGACUCUCAAGGCCCAGCUUAACAAAGGCGCCGAACUGUACAAGGAAGAGAUUGAGGACCUCAAAAUGCAACUUGCUAGAGCUGAUAUGGCACUAACGAAACAGUCCAAACGUUUUGACUGGGAAAUGGCAAACGCAAAAGCUCUCGCAGAUCACAGGGACGAACAGUUAAGAAAACUAAAGGAAGACCUGCGCAAGGCGCAACGUGAGCAGGACAUGACAAUCAUGUGCAGCCAAGACAUUCCUCAGCCACCCCUGUCAAUAACUUGCGGUGGCGGAAGCGGAAUUGUACAAAACACUCAGAUGCUUGUGCUAAAAUCGGAGCACGUUAAACUGCAGCGGGAGCUUGGCCAACUCAAGAAAGAACGCGAACUGGAGCUAAAAAACGAGCUCCAUUUGAAAGAGGAAGUUAAGAAAUGGAAGGAGCGAGCUCUGAAGAUGAGAGAGAAAUCAACAGUCACAAGCGAAGAGCCAAGGUUAAAAUCUCCAAGGAAAACGGCACCUCCUUCAUUAACAGAGCUGCCUUCGUCUCCUUCUAAGGAAUGCUCCUUCCAGCCAGCCCUGGCAUUGGAUACACCAACUGCACAGUUGAAUUGUCCAACAAUGUUUUUUGAUAAUUCACGCUUGGGGACCUUUAACGACGUAAGGUUUGCCAGUAGUGAGUCCACAGAAACAGCAUCUUCAGAAGACACUUUUAAAAGCUGGGUGGCAAAAGCGAAAAAAGACCCCCCCGCCGAGUGCAAGACACAAUAACACCCUGCUUCUUUUCGUAGCUCGUUCGUUGCUUUUGUGGACUGUAAUCUUUCAGGUUAUCCAGGAACUUCAUUUUCUCCAGCACCGAGCAAAUAGGCAGCCCUAUCAGUCACAUUUGGUGGGUUUAUCUUUGUGUGUGUUUGGAUUUUUUUGGCUCUUUACCACUUGUAUGUCCAUAUUUGUAUUUUUUUAUAGCUCUGAAUAAAGUUCAAAUAACUGUUUUGUGCAA